GUCCUCCUUUUCUCUCCCUUUGAUCUUUCUUACAUCGCUGUUAUAAUAAUCAAUGCUUUGGUAAAAGUAUAUUUCAAGCAUCCGUAUGCUUUGAUAAACAAAUUCAUUCUGAACAAAAACUUUGUUUUUAAAGCGCAGACAGAGACCAAACUCUGCAAACAGACAGAGUUGACAUAGUUGCUGAUUUUCAAGGAAAAAGGAAAGAAACAUGAGUUGCUUUUGCUGUUGUGAAGAAGAUGACACAUAUAAAGCUUCUAAAACCGGACCAUUCAUGACGAAUAACCCUGCAAGUAAUUAUACAGUCUCAUCUCUUUGUAAAGUUUCAUGCGUAAAUAUGCUUAAAUUAUUAACAUAUAUGUGUGUAGGCAAUGUUGGAGUAUAUGGAUAUCAAGAAAGGGCAGCAGCUGUUACAAGGGAUCCACAGCCUCCUGUUAUCAUUCAACCGAUUACCGUCCCUGCCUUGUCGGUCGAUGAGCUAAAGGAAAUGACCGAUAAUUUCGGCAACAAAUCGUUAAUCGGAGAGGGGUCUUAUGGAAGCGCAUACUAUGGCGUUCUAAAGAAUGGGAAGGCUGCUGCCAUAAAAAAGUUGGACUCCAGUAAGCAACCGGAACAAGAAUUUCUAGUGCAGGUCUCCAUGGUAUCGAGACUGAAACACGAGAACGUUGUUGAGCUUCUCGGUUACUGCAGUGAUGGAUCCCACAGUUUCUUGGCGUAUGAGUAUGCUCCUAAUGGAUCUCUCCAUGAUGUGCUUCACGGGAAGAAAGGUGUGAAAGGAGCACAGCCAGGUCCAGUUCUGUCAUGGACACAGCGAGUUAAAAUUGCAGUUGAGGCUGCAAAAGGCCUUGAAUACUUGCACGAAAAGACACGUCCUCGUGUAGUCCACCGUGAUAUUAAGUCCUGCAAUCUACUACUUUUCGAUGAUAAUGUUGCCAAGAUUGCUGAUUUCGAUUUGUCGAAUCAAGCCCCUGAUGCAACCGCUCGUCUCCAUUCCACACGCGUUCUUGGAACCUUUGGUUAUCAUGCUCCAGAAUUUGCAAUGACGGGAACGCUUACUUCGAAGAGCAAUGUCUACAGCUUCGGCGUCAUCCUUCUGGAGCUCUUAACUGGACGUAAACCAGUUGAUCAUACGAUGCCACGCGGACAGCAGAGUCUCGUUACAUGGGCAACCCCAAAACUAAGCGAAGACAAGGUGAAGCUGUGUGUUGAUGGCAGACUAGAAGGGCAAUACCCUCCCAACGCACUUGCAAAGCUGGCCUCAGUUGCCGCGUUGUGUGUUCAAUUUGAAGCCGAUUUUCGACCUAAUAUGAGCAUCGUGGUGAAAGCUCUUCAGCCUCUUUUGAACACAAGUCGCCCCACAACUUCCCACGCCCAAAGUGACAGGCGACGUUUGUGAUGAAAGACGAGCAGCUAUCGUCUCGAGACUAGUCGAAGUCGAAAAAUCUGUCUUAUGAUUGGUUUUGUAGAUAGGUGCUGGCAGAAUCUGUAGGGAAUAUCAUGGUAAUGAAGUGCGGGCCAAAGAGUGUUUCUAACGUAUUGCCUGUCUGUAUUUUUACAUUGGAUCUUCCUUUCAUUCCAAAGAAUACGAUUGUGACACUUGAGG